AUGUUGGUGGAGAUCUUAGCAUUCUGUUUCCUUCUGUAUUUCUACAAAGAGAAGAAUGCCAAUUACAUUAUUGUUAUCCUCUUGUUGGUUGCACUAUUAGGAUCAACAACAGUUGUGACUGUCAAAGCACUAGCUGGGAUGAUCUUUGUCUCUAUUCGUGGCACUAUGCAGUUAAGGUAUCCAAUCUUCUACAUCAUGGUUGUGUGCAUGGUGGCUACAGCUGUUGCCCAAGCAUCAUUUUUGACCCAAGCUUCUCAGCUAUAUGAUUCUGCUCUGAUUGCAAGUGUGAAUUACAUCCUGUUCACAACUAUAGCUAUAUCUGCAGGUGCAGUAUUUUACUUAGACUUCCGGGGAGAGAAUGUUCUUCAUGUUUCCAUGUGUGCACUAGGAUGUCUUAUUGCUUUUCUUGGAGUCUUCUUAAUUACGAGGAACAGGAAAAAAUCUAAAUCUUUUGAACCCUACGUUGCGAUGAAUUCUAUGCCAGGACUACAUAGCAUGUAUGACAAUGGCUUAGCGAUUCAGCCAGAUUUUGGAACCUCAUUUUCAUAUGGGGCUCUAGAAAGCAAUGACAGCUUAUCGGAAAUAUAUGCUCCAGCCACUCUUCCUGUUGUUCCAGAAGAAGCGUCAUCUUCUCGUCCUUAUAAAGUGCUGGAUCAUAAUAAGACUGAAUAG